CUGUUCGCAUUCCGUAUUGGCUAAUCACCGGCGAUAAUUACUCCGCCGCGAGUCAGCGACCGUCCAGCCUCCUGCCACAAAUGUUCCUGCCACGAACGCCCCCCUCACCACAAAUGCUCGAGAAACCGCCCAAUAAAUUGAGCACUGAUCAAGUAAAAAGUGCUCGAUGGAACAGAUCCACCCCCGCGUCCUCCAGGUUAAAAACCAAUUCCGUGCGACCAUCUGCAUCAAUAUUCAAUCAUGUCAAUCCGUGCUUGCGUCGCGGCCUCUGGCAAUGGUAUCCACGCUGGUACCGGCCGCUUCCGAUUUUACUCUCUCCUUUGUCUUUCCAAUCUCUCAACAUAUCUUUUCAAUCUGGUAGGUUGCCCCUCCAACGAUUUGAUUAGAUCAUGCCUGCUAGCUCAAAAUCACCAUGUUUUGUUUGGAUUAAUUGGAUUGGUCACAUCUCUGGCUUUCCAUGCAUGACUUCGUCAAAGAGGAACCAUUCGUGCCAUUGUAACACCCCGCCGGAUCGUUGCCGGCAGCCCGCCCGCCCAUACGCCGGUGCCUGUACUAACUAUGGUUCUUAGAGUUACCUGCCCGCCCUGCCGUUUAACAGAUUUUUUACGUGUAGAUUCCAGGAGCUUUGCCUGUUCUUAGAUUUGCAGUUUCGUAUUUCAUCCUACAAAAUUUGAUUGGCUUUAAUUCAGGCUCUUAGGUUCACGUGGGUGGAGGGAUGUCAAAAGGAAGCCAUGGAGUUGCUCAUAUUCAUAUAAUCAGCAGCGAGAAAUGGUAGCUUUGAUCUGAGCAAAUAUAGAAGGAGCAUAUGUAAGGUGCGCUCACCCUGAAUCCCUGAUUGCUCUAAUGAUAUUCAGUAUUGUCUUCAAUUAUCAGUGCAGACGUUGAUGAUUCAAAUAAUUACAUAUUUCACUACUCAAUUUUGAAACUACACUAACGAAGUUUGUUUAUUUACAUUGUCAUCUCAAGUAGUAACUUUCUAUUGCAUAUUAGAUGUGGCAUGCCUCUUUUACAGAUUAUCUACAAUAAUCAGUGCAUGCAGUUGCUUUAUAUGUGAUACUAUAACCAUUGUCGAAAGCCUUCAGGUUUGCUUAAUGGACUACAUUCAUCUUCGAUAACACACGAGGUAUGUCGUUCCAAAUUCUUUGAAAUUUUAUGCUAAUUAACUGUUCUAUGAUUACGAUUAUUAAAAUUAUUUUUACUGCCCAACAUAUAUCCCUUCAUCCAACCACAGUUGUGAAGGGAGGAACUACGUGUUAACUGUUAAGAUUGUCAAAUAUAUUAAUAUUUUACAGGAGAGGAAUAAUAGUGGGAUGAAGCAGUUGAUGUAUAUGCUGAGUGCAUUGAGUAAAUUGGAUAUUGAUAUUGGGAAGUUCGAUCUCAAGUAUAAUCAAAGGAUGGCAAAUGGCACAUCACAUUAAAUAGCUAGAUUUUUUCUUCCGAAUAAUAGUCAAUGAACGCCCACGCUAGCUUUCCUUGCAAAAACCUCAUGGACGAUGUAACUAUAUACGUAUUAUAUGAGCAAUAAAUCCAUGGUGACCUUUUUCUACAAAAAUGACAAUAUUUAUAAUUACAAAAGGUAUGAACUUUUUAAAAAAUGACCAUGUAUAUUUUGUAAUUAGGAAAGUAAAUCCUUUUAUGUUCAGUUUUGAUGGCUGCUUGUGACUGUAUUAUCUACAUAAUUUUUUUUUCCAUUUGUGCUUUACGAAUACGUUAGACCUUUUGUGGUCCUCCUGGUUUUGUUCACUGAAAUCAUUCCAAGAUGAUUUAUCUUAGAUUUAAAUUUCACGUUUUAAAAAGUUUACUCCACAAUGUUUCCGCAGCAACGCGUGGGGUAUCAUCUAGUAGAAAAAGAGUGUGUGUCCACCGAUACAAAGGAGUGCAAAGCUUGUAAGCACUAAGAGAGAUAAGAGAAGAGUGGCAUUUGUGCAAAUCUUGUUGCUUCUCUCAUAUGCAACCGAGCUACCGUCUCUCUUGUGUUGGCGUGACACCGAGCAUAUAGUCUUCGUUAGGACCAUCUUGUUACUUGCUCACUUCCUUGGUCGCGCUAACCCCAUUCUUGUUCCUUGUGUGUGUUUUCGUGUUUCCUUGACAUAGAUCACCGCUUUUGACAUUUGACUUUGGAUCUUACCCACAUUUAACAAAAGACAUUUUCCUUGGUUCUUUUCGUUUGCUAUCCACUCCCGCACCUACCACCAUAUAGAGUUCUUAGCCUUUUGCGUGUGCUUUGAGUGUGUGUGUGAGUACAUAUCGGUUAUUCUCUAACUUGAAUGAUUUUCUCGAUUUUGUUGCUAGUUUUGACAUUUUGGUAGUUCUCUUUCCACCAUACAUACACCCUUCCUAGUGAGAGCCACCCAAAAUGACACCACAAGAACAAGCCGAGAUGAGAGCCUACUUUAGCUAGCUAGAUGCUCGAGAAGCCAAAUGACCCUCCAAGACAAAGCCGAGUGCAAAUCCUACUUCAAACACCUUGAGAGCAAGAGUGACACACCACAUGAGUUGAGUGAGGACACUUUUAUUUCUAACACAUUAACAUCUACUCCUCGUGUGUUGUCUUCCUCUUUGCUAGGUUGCUCGGACAUCGACGACGUCAUUGCCAUGGAGAUGAGGGACUCCACUCUAUGUGAGAUGAGCGACUCCACUAUAUGUGAGAUGAGCGACUCCACUAUAUAUGAGAUGAGUGCAUCCACUAUAUGUGAGUUUGAGUGCUUCCAUUUGGAGGACAUGAUUGAUACACCGAGUGAGUUGAGAGAGGUAGUUGAUAGGUCCAUGGAGGCCAUUUCACAUUCUAACAACUUCACCUCCACCUCUAGUGUGUUUUCUCAUGUUGCAAUAGGUUCCACGGAGGACGAGUUCCCGAUCAUGGAGAAGAUGUACAUGGUGCAUGAAAAUGAUGAUAUCACACCAUGCUUACAAGAAGUCAAAGAUGUCGACCACAUGGAUCCUACUACUUCCACAACACCUACUUCAAAUGAGUCGGACUACAAAGGUAACAACAUAGGUGUUGAUGAUGCCAUGAUCCCACUAGUGGACAUGAUGACUUAUGAGUGCAUGCAUGAUCUUGAUGAUACAAUUGCUAUGUCAUAUGCUUGUUUCAUUUUCCCAUGUGAUGCGUUGCUUGAUAACAUUGUUGAUCAUGUGGAAUUACUUGCUUGUGACAAUAUGGUCAUGCCAUGCUAUGAGAGUUUCACUUUCUCUCCUAUUGCUUGCAAUAUGUCGAACAAUUGCUCUUUCCCAUGUAUUGCUUGCAAUGAUGAUACUAAUGCAUGUGUUGUGACAACCUUGAUGAACAAUUGCUCUUUCCCUAGGUUUGUCGACAACAAUGAUAAAAUAUUGAACAUGUUUUGUGAUAUAUACUUGCAAUACUCUCCCAUUAAUGCAACCAAAAUGUUGAAUACUUGCUCUUUUCAAUGCUUGGUUUGCAAUGAUGUUAAUAUGCUUGUAAAUGAGAUUGCCCCCAUAGCUCUCUCAAAUUUUAGAGACUUUUCCUAUAUCCAUUAGGAGCAUGUUCAUGUGUUUACCCCACAUAUUCACCAUAUCUAUUACAAUGCUUUGCUUAACGCUAAUGGUGAUGUGCAAAAGAAAUGGACCAUCAUGAUUGAUGAUGUGUUCAUAUACCAUGCACACACGUUCUUUGCUUUGCCUAUUGUGUGUGUAGGUACAAGAAUGCAAUGUCAACCUUGAUUGAGCACGAGUUGACAAAGAGAGCUCUUGAGAGCAUAAUACAAGUGAGUUCAAGAUCGAACCCGGCUCUAAUACCUUUCCCAUGAUUUGCAUUGAACAUGCCGACCAAUUUAUCUUUCUUGUGGUUCUUUUGCAAGCAUGAUGAUGUGAUUCUUACCGUUGGUGUUGCCUUAAACAAGUUAACCAAUUUAUCUUUCAGUUGGUUUGUUGGCACGCACAGUUGUGCAAAUUUAUACUUGGUGAACUUUUUGGAUGAUAUGAUUUGUGUUGCAACAAACAUGAGGACCAAUUUCUAUUUCCAAUGGUUUGUGUGCACACAUGUUAAUGAUAUUUUGGACAGCGACACUUAUGUGUUUUGGCCAAAUUCUCCACUUAUUGCGUCAAGGAUGUUGAACAAUUUCUCUUUCCGAUGCCUUGAGUGCAACAAUGCACAUGAGUUUCGACAUGAGAUGGACACCAUGGUCGUCUCACAAUUUGGAGUUUUUGUGUUCUCACAUUUGGAAGAUGUUCACACGGAGUUCUUACACAUUGACCUUGCACAUGCAUUAUUCUUGAUAAAUUUGUGUUGUGCUAACGGUGUUGUGAACAUGAAAGGACAUGUCAUCCAUGAUGUGCUCCAAUAUCACACACAAACAUAUUUUGCUUGGUCUUUGUCGUGUGAAGGUAAAGGUGACUUGAGAAUGAGCGUCAACGAAUGGGUUUAACCCCGUACAUCUACUACACAAGAUCUCUCAAUGAGAGCACACUGACAUUAUGCUAAGGUGGCCUCCUUCUACUUGCGCUCUCUUGCUAAACCCGUGGAACAUGUUGCUUGGCUUUUCUUGUGCUAUUCAUAGGGCUCUUGACAAGUGAAGCGACAUUCAAGCAUGGUUGUCAUCUAUCUCCUAUACAAGUUCAUGAAAAGCUAUCGUCGAGGACGACUCUUUUUCAAGUGGGGAGAGAUGAUACGGGUCGACCUUCGGCCUUCACCGCAUCAUGUGCUUCAUCGCCAAGACGGCACGCAAAGAUGAAUCUUAUCCUUUUCACGUGCCUAGAAUCGCCUAUGUGGAGCGAUAUACUACUUCAUACUCUAUCAUAUCUUGAUGAUAGGAACUCGACGAUAAGUACAGAGGGAAGAGAGGAUUCCAUGGAGACCCAAGGACGCAAGGCCGGAUGUCACGGAAGCAUGGAAGAUAAGGAGAAGAAGCGUUGGACGCUCCAGGCCGGAACUUCCGCCCAACCUCGCCGGAACUUCCGCCCAGAUGCUGUCAAGACCAAAGGUGCUCACACAGAAGAGUUGCGGCCGGAACUUCUGCCUCUGAUGGCCGUAACUUCCGCCCCAUCGAACCUCAGCCAGAUCUCAGCCCCCUUUGGCUUGUAACUUACCCCUUCGGCCCCCUACCUAUAAAUAGGAACCUACCCCCACCUUCAUGAGAGAGAGAGAUGAUGUUUAGAUGAAUUGGCUUAUGCCUCUAUUAUCCCUUUGUGGAUUUGGGAAACCCCCACCUUAGAUUACA